UUGAAAUGUGCUGGAGCAGCGAAUGCCACAAACGCAAGUCGGAAACACUUCAGUAAUAGCGGGCAACAGCAAUCAUUUUCACCUCAAGAGGCUCUCGAUUUCUCGCUGAAGAAAGUCAAGCAGGAAUCGGCUACGGCAAGUGGCAGUACAUCAAAACAUUCGGCGGAUGCGCAUUCACCGCUAACCUCAUCGUCUGGUAGCGAUCUCACUCCGCUGCUCAGCGAUGACUGCGAGUCCAGCAUCAACUCCACAUCAGUCACCUCAUCGCCAACAUCGCCACCAGCAGCUGCCAGCGAGGAACAAACGAUCACCAGGCCGAACGUGAUUCAGAAUCCGGUGCAUCGUCCUGUAGCUACCAAAAUCCCCCAGAGCACGGUGCCACAGGUAGCACCCGGGUUGCCGCAGCUCCAGCACAACCCCAUAAAUCCUUACAAUUCGUUGCUACACGAAUUCUGGCGGCGUAGCUCGGCUUUAAGCGUUACCACUGGUGGCAUCUGGGUACCACCUCAGCCGAAUCAUGGUGUGGCGGCAACACCACAUGUCGGCCGGCCAUGCUCACCGGGGCGGCCACCUGCUUGCUCUCCGGCGCCCGCAUUCGCAGCAACCGCAAGUCCCCCGUUUGGCACCACGUUUGGAGGCACACUUUACUCAUCUACCACCCCAACAAAAUCAUCGUUUUUUGCGGCACAACCUCAGCCACUCCUGCCCUUAAGCAUUCCAGCUCCCCCACUCGCUACUUCACCCACUGGCUUUCAAGCGGCAUCUAGCAAUACAACCUUUUUACGCAACGAUCAACCUUAUCCGGUGCAGAAGAAAGGCUUCAUCGAUGUGAAAAGCUUUGCACCGUUCAAAUACUAUCAGCUUUUGGUUAUUUAA